AUGGUUCAAUGGAAUAUUGCUAUAAAUUCGGAAUGCCGAUGCUGGGGAGGAGAAGCGCGUUUUAAUCGACCAUUGCCAUAUAAUCAGUUCAAUACAUCUGAGAAAACAAGUUAUAUAUCAGAAAAACUAUUAUUACAAAAUGCGCCAUCGAGUUUGAUUAAGAAAGCCGAUCGACCAUGGCGUCAGCGUAUGGCUGACGCUGCACGUUUACGUCAUUUGCACGGUGAUGAGUUAGGAGAUGCAAUAUCAUCAACGAUAUCAGCAACACGUACAAGACGUAAUAGUAUAACAAAUAAUCCAAGUGGUGAUGAAUUACAAUCGUCAUUACAUGCUUUGCGUUCCUUUGUUGAUAAAACUACUUUGCAAACACCACUUUCACGUUAUCAGAGAAAUAAUCGAUUAUUCUUGAGUGCUGAUAUGAUAAAUAAUAAGCCAUUUUAUAGUUCGAAAGGGUUGUGUAGAGAAAAUGAUGAACUGUUUGGAUUGUCUCAAGGAGUAAAUAAUAAAAUGUCCAGAAACUAUGGAUCGUAUCAAACCACUAAUAGCUUGUUGGUACCGAAUGAGGAUUCUCCAUCAUUAACAAUGAAAAAGUCUUCAAAGAAAGCUGGUCAGCAUCGUUCUUAUCAAAAGGAAAGAAUGAACCAAUUAGCGCAAGAUUCCGAUUCAACGUCGGGUCAGGAAGAACGAGCAAAGUCUCGAGAAAGGCGACUUCGAAAACGUUUAAAGAAAAAAGUAGUUGCUUCUGCUGCUUCAACACUUGAUGUGAAUAGUAGUGAUGAUUCCUUGAAAAUCGAAGGCGAUUCUGGUCUUCAGCCAAAAAUAUCAAUAGAAGGCAAUCGAAAUAUUGGAGUUAAACCUAAAGAUGCAGAAGAUAAGAAAAAUAAGAAAAACUCAACAAACAAGCAUGAUUUGAAUGCAGAAAUCAGUAAUAUCGCUGACGAUAUCAAGGAACCACAAGCACAACAAGAUAGUUCCCUAAUAGCUAAUGAGAUCGAAAUUUUAAAUAAAAAAAGCGAUGUAUCGAGUGAUACGAACGAAUUGCUCAUUAUUGUCGUGGAACAAGACACACUCAGAGAUUUAAGCAAAUCUCCAAAAAAAAAAUUUAUAGCUGUCAGUAAAAUCAAGAUUACCUUUUCUGUUGGUAUGUCUGAUGUUAACACCGACCCAAGAAGGCACGAUGACGCCUACGUUAUCUCUGGUAACUAUGAUUAG